AUGGCUACAAUUGCCUCACUUCCUGAUGAUAUUCUUUACAUAAUUAGUAAAGAUUUAGGAUUCCUUUCAACUUUAGCUCUUCGUUCAACAUGUAGAACACUUUAUUUAUCAUUUUCAGAUGCAGUUACAUUCUCCCAUGUAUUUAUCCCAUCAUCUAUUUCCCAUGAUCAAUUCGCCAAAUUAUUUUCUCAUUUAAAAUCGACAAACAAACUUUCAUUUAUUCACCAAUUUACAUUCAAUAAUUCACAAAUAAAAGCUGAAGAUAUAAUUUCCGUAUUAGAAAAUUGUGAAAAUUUACAAGAAUUAAACAUUCUAGGAUGUAAAGAGGUUAAAUUGUUACCAAUAACAACUGCCAUGAAAAAUUUGUAUCAAGAAAAAACAGAAAAUUGUGAGGAGGAGAAAAAACUUUAUACAAAAAAACAUAGAUUACAAAAAUUAAAAAAAAUAGUGUUGACAAGAUGUGUCGGCGGAAAAAGACAUUCAUUAAUGAUUAAAAAAAUUUUAGAAGAUUUACAAAUUUUAAAAAGGUACCAACGGCAAGAGGAUUUCAAUAAAGGAAGAAAUAUUAAUUGUUAUUAUGAAAAUCAAAACAACGUAUGCAGUACGUCUUACAACAACAUUGACACAAUUUCAACAAUUUCAACUACAAUGUCAAAUAUGAUGCCUGCCGUUCUGAUGUCAAAUUCUGUCAACAUUUACACAAAUGUCAACUUCACAAAUCCAAUAACAUGUAAUAAAAAUACUAGUGAAAAAGAUGAUACAAAUGAUGGCAUAUUCCAAUUCCAAUCAUGUUCUGAUCUCUCAUGCGAACUUUGUAAUCUAAAAUGCGCAGGAUGUAAUACAAAAUAUAAAUAUUGGGAUGAGUUUUGGAUCAAGUGCGGUUGGUGUAAAGAUAGACAUUUCUGCGGCGGAUGUGUGAUAGAUGCUUCCAAGAAGAAUGUUUUUAAAACCUAUGCAUUCCAAUUUAUGAGAAUAAAAUUAUGUCAGAUGUUCGAUUUACCUUGUCCUCAUUAG